AUGUCUGCACCGGUCGGUCCUAUCCUCCAGCAACUAAUGACCCUCCCAGCCCGGUCUCGUCAGGGCCUGAACAACCUCCGUCAACGUCUGUUCCAGCAAGGCGAGAAACCCAAGAAAGAGGGCCAGCUCAUCCGCACCUCGCUGAACGCCCACCGUCCCGUCUGGAUGACUGCCGGCGGCGGUGUCUACACCAGCAUGGCAGCCGUCUAUCUCACCCUCCGCUACCUCAAGCAUCUCCGAUAA